AUGUCUCAGAUCACUUACUUUGCCCUUGCAUCUACGUUUAUCUCCCUCAUCGUUGUCUUCUAUGUGCGCUCCAUCGCACAAAGGAGAGCCCGCACUCUCGGUCGCCCUCUGCCUCCUGGACCGAAAACUCUUCCAAUUCUUGGCAAUAUGUUCAACAUGCCGCGCGUUAGACCGUGGAUAGUCUAUCGGGACCUCAGCCACGUGUUAGGGGACAUUAUUCAUCUCCGCGUUCUCGGACAACACAUCGUAGUGCUCGGGAGUGCUCAGGCGAUAUAUGACUAUCUCGAAAAGCGAUCCGCAAACACCUCUGACCGCGUGCAGUCACCCAUGAUUGAACUAUCUGGCGCAAGUUUCAACCUCGCCUUUAUGCCCUAUGGUCAGCGGUGGCGCCGUCACAGGCGCUCUCUCUGGCAGUACUUCCAUCGUGAGGCUACGGAAGGAUACAAGACGACGCAGCAGUCCGCCGCCCACAUUUUCUUGCACGAGCUAUGCGAAAGGCCCUCGGAUCUGAGGGAUAUCAUCCGUCUCAAUUUCGCAUCAGUCAUCAUGAAGAUUGGGUAUGACAUUGCCGUACAGAGCAAAGACGACGCAUACUUGAAGAUAGCGAAGGAUGCGCACGAGGGGCGUGCAGAAGGCAUGGUCCCGGGGAGAUUCUUGGUCGAUUUCCUACCCUUCCUUCGGCACAUCCCCCCUUUUUUCCCGUUCGCGGCCUCACAGAGACUAUGGGUGAAGUGGAAAGCGGCAGGCGACCGACUCAAGAACACACCAUUCGAAUGCGCCAAAGCCAAGCUGGCCAGUGGAGAGACUACACAGUCCAUUGUGGCGAAUUCACUCGAAAGGCUUAGCAAGAUGGGUAUUUCAUCCCCAGAAGAGGAAGAGAUCGUGAAGAAUGUCGGGGCCGUGGCUUUUGAAGCUGGAAUCGACACGGUGUUAUCCACGAUGCUAUCCGUGUUCUCCGGCGUGUCGCUCCAUCCGGAGGUGCUCGCGAAGGCACAUGCGGAGCUUGAUGAAGUCGUCGGCCCCCAUCGUUUGCCAGAUUUCAGCGACAAGGAUUCGCUGGUCUAUAUCAACGCAAUUAUCAAGGAAGCAAUGCGGUGGCAUACGGUGCUGCCCAUGGGUGUCCCACAUGCGACCGUCGCCGAUGACGAGUUCCGCGGAUACUUCAUCCCUGCUGGGACGAUGGUGUUACCCAAUACUUGGGCAUGCAUGCACGAUCCCGAGGCAUAUGAAGAUCCAGACGUCUUCCGACCAGAACGAUUCAUUCGCAACGGAAAGUUGGAUCCGACAGUGCAAGAUCCGACAGCUUUCAGUUUCGGUUAUGGUCGUAGGCACCUGUUUUGCAGGAUAUGUCCUGGACGCUAUUUUGCCGAAUCCGCGUUGUUUAUAAACGUUGCUUGCGCAAUCCACGUCUUCGAUAUUACCCCGCCGCUCGGAGAGGAUGGUCUACCUAUCGAGGUCAAGCAGGGGCAUACAGAUGGCUUCAUUUCUCACCCUGAGGAUGUUCGAUGCACGAUCAAGCCGAGGUCUGCAACGGCCGAAGCAUUGCUACGCUCUCAUGCCACUUCUGCCCGCCAAUCUUCGAACGAGGGAGAGCAAGUAACCCCCGAUUGUUGA